AACACACAGUCUCUCUCUAGCUUAACAAAAAAACACGAAACACUUUGAGUUCCAUGUAAGCGUCCGUUGUCUUCUCUAAGUUACAAAAGCCCUAAAACCCUACUCUCAAUAUGAAUAGUUUCGAGCCACAAAGCCAAGACUCUUUGCAAAGAAGGUUUCAUCAAGACAACAGCACCACACAACAACCUCGUGACACCACGACACCUUUCAUACCCAAACCGGCUUCCAAAAACCAUAAUAAUAGCAACUCCAGCUCUGGAGCGGCCGGGAGAUCAUUCCAAGGCUUUGGGCUUAACGUAGAGGACGAUCUUGUUUCAUCGGUGGUUCCUCCGGUUACGGUUGUGCUAGAGGGACGUUCUAUAUGUCAACGCAUAAGCCUAGACAAGCAUGGGAGUUAUCAGAGCUUGGCUUCGGCUCUAAGGCAAAUGUUUGUCGAUGGAGCUGAUUCAACGGACGAUCUUGAUCUGUCAAACGCCAUUCCUGGCCAUCUUAUUGCUUAUGAAGACAUGGAGAACGAUCUCCUUCUUGCCGGAGAUCUUACUUGGAAGGACUUUGUUCGUGUAGCGAAGAGAAUUCGAAUCUUGCCGGUCAAGGGAAACACAAGACAAGUUAAAAGAAACGAGUGAGGAGGAGAAAGACCGUUUUUGCAACGAUGUCAUACGAUGUUUUGUAACAGCCGAUGUCGGUUGAAUCCUAAUGGCAUUACUGUAAAAUCAUCAUUGGAUGUGUUUGCUUCUUUGUUCACGUACGAAAUGAAAA